AUGCCCGCAGUUCCUUUUAACUCCCUCAUAGUCGUCACUGGUAUCUCAGGCUAUAUUGGGAGUCACGUCGGUCUCGCUGCUCUCACAGCUGGGCACCACGUCCGAGGGACAGUGCGCUCGCUCGCUCGCGCCGAAGAGGUGAAAGCUGCUUACGCGAAGCAGGGCGCGGACAUCUCUCGCCUCGAAUUCGCGCUCGUCGAUGAUUUGACAAGUGAGGUACAGCUUUCCGCCGCAUUCAAGGGCGCUGCGGGCAUUGCAAACCUUGCAAUUCCGGGAUCGCUGACUGCGGACUCGAACAUAGAGCCGCAGCAAGUCAUCGACGCAGCCAUUGCUCUGCUGCGUGUCGCAGCGCAAGAGCCGUCUAUUCAACGAGUAGUUUUCACAUCGAGCUCGACCGCGGCAUUUGCACGCCCAGGCUUCAUCGAUCGGCCACUGAAUGGGAGCGAUUGGAAUGAGGAGGCACAGCGGCGAUAUGAGGAAGCUGACGAGGAGACUAAGAAAAUCCCGUUCAAGUGGGCCGCAAUCAAGUAUCAUUAUUCCAAGUAUGCCUCCGAGAAAGCAGCGUGGAAGUGGAUCGCCGAACAUAAGCCAACAUUUGACUUCGUGUCCCUAAUUCCAAACAACAAUUUUGGUCCCCUUCUUUUGGGUGACGUGCACUCUUCAGCACUCUGGCUGUACUCCCUGAUGAAAAAUGAGACGUCCAUCUUCAAAAUUCUCUUUCCGCGUAAGUCCCUCGUUCCUGCCGUCUUUACCAGUUUUGAGGACUACGUUAACAUCAAUAACUCUACCGCAGAAUGGUUCAUCGACACGCGAGAUACCGGUCGCCUGCAUGUUCUCGCACUUACUACGCCUUCUGUGGGCGGCAAACGCUUUUGGGCUGUGGCGUCUCCGUAUGGGUGGAAUCAAGUACUUACGAUAUUGCGGAGGACAUACCCAGAGAGUACUUUCCCGGAAAAUCUCCCAGAGGAGAACGGGGGCGUUGAUACGCAGGAGAUCGACAAUAGUAUUGCGACAGAGCUGCUUGGUGGGUGGAUUGGGCUCGAGAAGUCCAUUAUAGACACAACAAAGACAUUUCCGCAGUAA